AUGGAGGGAGUACUGUUGUUGCAUGGUGCAGUGGACUCGGAAUUGCCCCCGCGUUUUGACGGCGACGCCGCGCUCCCUGCGAUGAACGAGCCAAGGGCGGAUCAUCGAGCUGUACUGGAAGUGGUCAGCGAGGUAGCCGCCGCCCUCGUCGCACGGCUCGUGGUGCUGCCGUCCGCCAUGGAGCCAGCGGCCGCCCACGACGCCAUGGAGUUGGGAGCUGCAUCAUUGGCAAUCGACGCCAACUUUGGCGUUGUGGAUGAUCAUGCUGGAAUUGCCGUCGACGUCGGAGUUGAAGCCCACACUGAACGUCCGAGCACACCACAAUAUUUGAGUACAACAGUCUCAUGUACAAGUGACACAUGCAACACAAUUCCCAAAGAACAUUUGAAGCUAAAAAUUGGAAUGAUCUUUGAUACACUCAAAGAUGUGGAGGAAUUCUACAAGUCGUAUGCUCAUGAAGUUGGUUUCUUAGUUCGUGUUGGUCAGCAUAAGGAGGGAAAUGAGGAAAUAUUAAUCAAGACUUAUUAUUGUUCAAGGGAAGGGUAUAGAAAGGAGAACGUAACAAAUGCAAGUGAUGAAUCUGGGAAAAAAAGAAAGACACAUAAUGUGAUGAAAACCAGAUGUGGAUGUCAGGCACAUAUUGUUGUCAAGCUUGGCAGUGACAAGAAGUAUAGAAUUGUUUCAAUGGUUGAGGAGCACAGCCAUGGGUUCAUGUCACCAGAUAAAAGGUAUUUGCUAAGAUCCAACCGGAGAGUCAGUGAGAGGGCUAAGAGUACGUUGUUCAAUUGUCAUAAGGCUAGCAUUGGCACCUCACAGGCAUAUCGACUUCUCCAUGUCAGUGAGGGUGGUUUUGAGAAUGUCGGGUGCACAAAGAGGGAUUUACAAAACUAUUAUCGUGACCUCAGAACCAAAAUCAAGGAUGCAGGUGCACAAAUGUUUGUGGUACAACUUGAGCGAAAGAAGGAAGUAAAUCCUGCCUUCUUUUAUGAGUUUAUGGUGGAUGAUCAAGGACAACUUGUUCGUGUAUUUUGGGCAGAUGCUGCAUGCAGGAAAAACUAUAGUGUUUUUGGGAUGUGGUUUCAGUAG